AUGGUCCAGUCCACCUCACUGUCCAAGUGUAUCCUCAUUCUGGGUGGCUCAUAUGGCGGUAUAUCGAGCGCACAUUAUAUCUUGAAACAUGUAAUUACAAGUCUCCCGAACAAAGCCGACUAUCAAGUCACCCUUGUUAGCAUAUCGAGUCAAAUCCUUUGCCGGCCAGCAUGUCCCCGCGCUUUGAUAUCGGACGACCUAUUGCCGCAACAGAAGCUCUUUGUGGACAUCACGGAGCAGUUUCGAGAAUACCCCACUGGCAGCCUCCGGUUCCUGAAAGGAAAAGCAAUCAAAUUGGAUCAUGCGACCCGAUCGGUCUCUAUAAGUCUUCCCAAUGGAACCGAGACGGUCAUUCCCUUUCAUGCCCUCGUCAUUGCCACUGGUGCAUCAACACCCUCCCCAUUACAUGGACUCAACGGCAAAGAUGAGGAGAGCUUACGCAAAAGCUGGAGCACGUUCCGGGGAGCUUUGUCGACGGCCAAACACAUCGUCGUAGCCGGCGGAGGACCAACCGCUAUCGAAACCGCAGGUGAACAGGGCGAGUAUCUCAACGGCGGAGCGGGCUGGUUCAGUGCAAAGCAACAGAAUCCCAAAUGCCUUAUCACAAUUGUGACAUCGGGUGCACAGAUUCUGCCCGCGCUUCGACAGAGUCUAGCUACCAAGGCAGAGGAAUAUCUUGCCCAGCUAGGAGUAACAGUCAUCAAGAACAACAGAGUCCAAGCCGUGGAACCACCAAACACUGGGCUAGAGGGAUCCUUGGUUUCUAACGCAACAUUGACUCUAGCCGAUGGAAAGAUUCUUCAAGCUGAUCUGUACAUACCCGCUACCGGCACGAAAGCCAACACAGACUUCAUAGAUGAGACACUUUUGAAAGCCGGUCGUCUUGAGACAAACUCUUCCACAUUGCGAGUCGACACGGCUGGACCACUGAUUUAUGCCAUUGAGGACGUGGCGUCUUACGCAAGGCCUGCUGUGCAUGGCAUUCUUAAUGCUGUGCCCGUCGUUGCGGCAAACCUCAAAACGGACCUGCUUUCAACGGGGGAAGACCGUACCUUUGAGGAGGAUACUCGUGAGACACAACUCGUUCCAAUUGGACAGAGUAAGGGUGUUGGUGCAGCGAUGGGAUACCAGCUGCCCAGUUGGCUGGUGUGGUUAAUCAAAGGUCGAGAUUAUUGGCUGUGGACUACUGGCAAGCUGUGGAGUGGGGAGCAGUGGACUAAGGAGUCUUGA